UUUUGGCACUUCUCUCCACAGGCAUUUUAUACUUCUGUGUCUUGUUCCUCUCUUCUUUGUCUGAUCCUUUCCCUCUCUAAACCUAUACUCACUCAGUGUCACGAAUAACACACACACAUCCCUUCUCUCUCUAAAGAAUCCUUUUACAGUGAGAGCUCUACUUUAAUGGCUGCUCCGUUCCUACUUGUCCCCACAUGCUCAUCAGCCGACCAGGAAAUGGCGAGGAACACGGCCCCACCAGCCUCCGAGGCACAGAUAGGCCGACCCGGCUCAGCUCCUAAGCCCGCUGGCAGAGGCAAGAGGGCCACCAAGCCGCCUGCGCAGAAGAGGCCGCCGCAGAGGGGGCUCGGUGUGGCCCAGCUCGAGCGCCUCAGGCAGCAGGAGCAGUGGAAGAGAAUGGGCGAAAUGCCCCAGCAUCUCCGUAGUGACGAAUUUCAGUUCCAGGCCCUUCUGGACCAGCCACCGACAGCUGCACCCCUGGCUGGACCUCCGGUGCAGUACAUGUAUCCCAGGGGGUAUAUGCAUCCCGGUCAGCUUCUCGGUGUGGGACGGGGACUUAUUGGUCAAAGGAUUGGGGACUUCCCGUAUGGGUUGGAUCGAAGCGUUGGGAGUUCAUAUAUGGCCGAGACUGGGGGGAGCGCCGUCGUUUUGGAGCCGCUGAAAGAGCUCUCUUCAAUGCCAAAGCAGUGCAACCCCGACCAUUGUGAUAUCUGCCGUAAGAAAAGGAGCAUCGUCAAUCCGAGGAACAUCGUGGUCUUCGAUCACGGGGUGGGAGAUCAUGUCAACAACUCGGAGCAGGCGAUGAUGAAGGGCCGUGACUUCCUCACAUUGAAUUUGGGGAACAGCUUUGGCUUCGGCGGAAACAGCUUGGGCGGCCGACAAACUACUGAUCAGGAUGUAGAGGUGAAGGGAGUUGGGCGGAAGCUGGGGAAUAAUAUUGCAGUAGGAGCUGCAGGGGCCGGGAGUAGCCUUUUAAUGGAGUAUGAGUUCUUCCCAGGAAAGAGUAACAGUGGCAGGAGCGCUUUUCCCCAGAAACCGUGCUUUCCCACAGAGGAACUUCAUCAUCAUCAAUAUCAUCACCAUCAUCAUCAUCAUCAUCAAGAAGCUGCUUCUGCUUCUGCUGGUUUUGCAGUGAUGAAGAGAUCAGGUGGUGGUGACAGUGGUGAACGUUCUAAGGAUCCGGCCAAUUCCAUUGAUUUAUCCCUCAAGCUUUCUUACUGAUUGCUGAGCAAGAAGACCCCAUUUUGUGCAAUUUCUUUUCACCAUUUGGUGUAAUGCAUGAGAAGACGAACCUCAAACACAGCCUUCGUUUUGCUUUCUUUAUAUAUACAUUCUCUGUGUCUCUGCAGGUUGUGUGUUUGUUUAGGUUAAUGGAUCGGACCUGAUCGAUGAUCUUUAUUUAUUUAUUUAUUUAUCAGAUAGAUCAUUCAGCUGCUGCCUCACC